AUGGUCAACUUUGUUUGUCAUUGGACGUUUUUAGUUCUGCUGGCCGCUGCGAAGGCGCAGGAUAGUGAGGAAACUUCAGCGGUGGUCACAUCCACAGGUGACUUGACUGAGGAGCAGUGCAGCACAUCGAGGGAUGGCUGCUGUUCCGAGCUUUAUAUAGGCGAAGAGGAGGAGCUGACCAAGUGCUUCGUCAUACACUCCACCAAACUGCCAGCGGAUGGGGACACUGACGUCGGCAAGACCCUGCGGUUUCUAUCGUGCUUCGUGGAGUGCAUUUACAAGCAAAAGAAGUACAUUGGCAAGAGCGACACCAUCAACAUGAAGAUGGUCAAGCUGGACGCAGAGAAGACCUAUGCGGAUCGGCCCAAGGAGAAGGACUAUCACAUUGCCAUGUUCGACCACUGCCGAAAGGAUGCCGUCGGGGUCUACAACCUACUGAAGGCCAGUCCUGGGGCCAAGGUGCUGCUGAAGGGAGCCUGUCGUCCCUACCUGCUGAUGGUGUUCAUGUGCAUCAGCGACUACCACCAGAAGAAGGAGUGUCCCUACUUCCGCUGGGAGGGCACUGCGAAGGCGGGAACCAAGGAUCUGUGCGAAAAUGCCAAGGCCGAGUGCUAUCAGAUAGAUGGCAUUACACUGCCCACAAAGAGUCCUGCCUAA